GCACAUUUUCCAACUUUUGCCUUACCUUAGGUACCUAACCUCCACAAGUUAUGGUAAGUGCAUAGGUAUCUACCUGAUGUGUACAUAGUGUGCAGAGGUAACAAGCCCCGGUCGGGUCGCGUUGUAACUCCUCUUCGUAUGUAACCCGUCGGGUUGAUUCUCCAACUUACAUCCCUCUUAUUUUCAGCCCUUCUAUCAGUGUUGAACAUCUCAUGCGGUCUGAGCUGUCACUUUCAAAACAGUCAGGUUCUGCAACAUCCUUACUUUUUUUGCAGCCUGCACUGUUUCGCAUCCAAUAGUAAGGCAUUUGUUUUUAAACAGUGACUGAAGCAAAGCUACUUUACCUUGGCUUGCUUCUAACCCAUUCUUCAUCUUUCUUCAACCCGUAAAACUCGUUUCGUCUUUAUCUCCAUCGGCCUCUUGUCUGGUUUUACGACUUCUGCGGCAAUUUCACACUGCCUGCAUUCUCGGCCGCUUGCUGCUUCAGCAACGCUUCGUCUUACUUCCUGCCUGACGCCUUCGUUUGAACAACCACGGGAACUUGUCUAAAAAUGGCGACGAGCAGGAUGCGCAGAGUGGCCAAGGAGCUAUCCGACAUAAAAGCUGAUGCAGAUAUAUCCGGCAUCACAGCCGCUCCAGCAGACAACAACGGUGACUUUACUCACCUCAAGGCCCGGAUACCUGGCCCUCCGGGCACACCUUACGAGGGUGGCUGUUUCAUCGUGGACGUCAAGAUACCUAACGAAUAUCCUUUUCGCCCGCCCAUUAUGAAGUUUGAUACCAAAGUCUGGCAUCCAAAUAUCAGCAGUCAAACCGGUGCCAUCUGUCUAGAUACUCUUAGCUCCGCCUGGUCUCCCGUCCUCACUAUAAAGUCCACCCUUCUAUCCCUACAGGGUCUCUUCGAAAGUCCCGAACCCAAGGACCCCCAAGACGCCGAAGUAGCCAAGAUGAUGAUAAACGACAGAGAAGCCUUUAACAAUAAGGCACACGAAUGGGCUGUUCGCUACGCCCACGCCCCUCCGAAUCCAAGAUACCAACAUAUCCAGCCGCGGGCUACCGUCGCACCACAGCAGGUGGAUAACAGCAGAUAUCAGGGCUAUAACAAGGACCUUAUCGAUCGAUUUGUCAACAUGGGAUUUGAUAUCGACCGAGUUGUGGAGGCCUUCCAAUUCGUCGGCAUCGACAGGCUUGACGGGCAGGAUUACGAACUAGAGGAGGCUUACAUGGGCGAUAUCACGGCUCGAUUACUAGGGGAACCUUAGGGCGACAUCCGAUAACACGAUAACACGAAGGUUCAAGUCUCAGUUUUAUUGAUAUCACAUACCGACUCAUCUUUCUAUUCAAGGCUCCUCAGUUGACCUACAAGAGAGUCUCGGGUAUUGGUAACAUAGCAAAGUUAAAUUAGGUGUACUGAGUAGUCACAACUGUCUUCGCAGACUUGCAUAAGGAAUUAGGCGUCGGGAGUUCUCGGGUAAGGCGCGCUACUCUUGCAUGAAUUGAAUUGCUCCAUUAGCUACGCCCUGUGGCUAGGUAUAUUUACAAGACAUUAUGGUACUCGUCUUUAAUGUGCUUAGGUGCUUUUCUCUCUACUUUCAUUUUUUGAUGGAAAGACUUGUAUCUUAGCCGACCGAAAAAAAAUAAUGCUCUAGUGUCGUCGGUAGAGAGACUUACCACUUUAUUACGAGGAGCAAGUCCACUACCUUAAUAGGUACCUUCUCAAUUUACCAACUACCACUCUACGUACAGCUAGGUAGGUACUGAUUAUACACCCAGCUAACGUCGUUAUUUUAUGGGUUGAUUUCUUGUAUGAUUCGGUGCGGUUAUGAUAGAGAGUAAGGG